AUGGCGACCAAGCCUUCACUCAAAGCUGCCGAGGACUUCCUCUCCUUCGUCAAUGCUUCGCCUACACCGUUCCACGCCGUCAAAUCAGCAAAAGAAAGGUUGGAGAAGGCAGGCUUCAAGCAGAUCAAGGUCCGCAUUCAUAUCCCCCGUGUUGACAUUGAACGCGACUCAUGGGCACCUACCCUCCAGCCCGGAGGCAAGUACUACCUCACCCGUAACACCUCCUCCAUUGUUGCAUUCGCUAUCGGCAAUAAAUGGAAGGCCGGUAACCCCAUCGCCAUGAUUGGCGCCCAUACAGACUCUCCCUGCCUGCGCAUCAAGCCUGUAUCUAAGCGAACAGGCGACGGCUUCAUUCAAGUAGCCUGCGAGACAUAUGGCGGUGGUCUUUGGCAUACCUGGUUCGAUCGCGACCUCAGCAUCGCCGGUCGUGCCAUGGUGCGGACAAAGGACGGCAAUAUUGAGCAGCGCCUGGUCAAGGUCGAGCGACCCAUCUUGCGGAUACCCACUCUGGCCAUUCAUCUGGAUCGCCAGGAGAACUUCCAGUUUAACAAGGAGACGCAAUUGUUCCCUAUUGCUGGCCUUGUCGCUGCAGAGCUGAACCGCCAGGGCAAGACCGAAGAGACCAAGGAGGACGGCAAUGAGGCAGAGACUGAGGGCCCGCUCGCUGCCCCAACUUCGAGACAUCACCCGUACAUAAUCGAUAUCAUCGCUGAGGAGGCUGGCGCUGAACCCAGCGACAUCGUAGACUUCGAGAUGGUCCUGUACGAUACACAGAAGUCGGUUAUUGGCGGCCUGAACAAUGAGCUCAUCUUCUCUCCGCGACUGGACAAUCUCAUGAUGACGUACUGCAGCGUGGAGGGUAUCAUCAAGAGUCUUUCUGCGUCCUCGGCAUUGGAGAAAGACUCAACUAUCCGAUUGAUCGCGUGCUUUGACCACGAGGAGAUUGGUUCCCAAACCGCACAAGGCGCAGACUCCAACCUGCUGCCUGCUGUGAUCCGCCGUCUGUCAGUCUUGCCUGCCUCUGACAGCAAUUCCGACAAGUCGUUUGAUAAAGUCGAAGCGGAUACUGCUACCGCUUACGAGCAAACGCUCGCCACAUCCUUCCUCAUAUCCGCUGAUAUGGCUCACUCUGUGCAUCCCAACUACCCAGCCAAGUACGAAUCCCAACACAGGCCUGAGAUGAACAAGGGCACUGUCAUUAAGAUCAACGCCAACGCCCGAUAUGCCACCAACUCACCGGGUAUAGUCCUGCUCCAGGAAGCUGCCCGUCGUGCGAAAGCGGCGUCCUACAACCCAAAGUCGGGUAAGGAAGGUGUUCCACUUCAACUUUUCGUCGUCCGUAACGACUCGUCGUGUGGCAGCACCAUCGGUCCUAUGCUGUCAGCCGCUAUGGGCGCCCGUACUCUUGAUCUCGGCAACCCUCAGCUCAGCAUGCACAGCAUUCGCGAGACCGGCGGUGCGCAUGAUGUUGAGCACGCUGUCAACCUAUUCGACAGCUUCUUUGAGAACUUCGAGGAACUCGAGAAGAAGAUCAUCGUGGAUUGA